GUUUGCUUGGGUCUCCUAGGUGCUGGGAGGACAGAGCCAGGGGAAGCCGCUGGUGCUCCACACUCCGCCAAGGGCAGGUGCAGAAGGGGUCUGAGGGGGAACUGUAGGAGCCUUCUGAAGCAGAUGAACAGGUUUUUGGGGAGGCCACCCCAUGAUUCUCCAGCUGGCCCCGAAGAGGCCUGAAGUUGCACGGGGCUGGGCUGGGGUCAGCACCUGUGGGGUCCAGGCCUGGCCCUGGCCUGCUGCCCACUGAUCCUGAGCUGGGGCUCCUCACUUGCCUUCUGUGCCCGUUUCUGUGCUGUGUCCCUCCCCCUCAUCUCCCGGGAGCCCCAGAUUGGGCCGGGCCAGCGUGGAGAAGAGAAGCCUGUGCCUUCCAGGCCAAGGACUUUGAGCCUUACCUGGGAUGCUGGCUGCCUGCCACCGUCGGUGAUCGUGCUCACAUGAGCUGAGGGCAGCAUCACCUUCAGCCUCCCCAGGGCUGCGUGGGGCCUGGGCAGCAUGGCAACCUCCAGCCAGUCCGUGGAGGAGCCGGUGCCCCUGGAGCCCCAGCCAGAGCCAGGGCCGGAGUCUGGGCCGGGCCGCAAGCUUCCGUCCUGGCAGUGCCUGGUGUUCUUCCUCUGCUUCUACGGCUUCAUGGCGCAGAUGCGGCCCGGGGAGAGCUUCAUCACGCCCUACCUCCUGGGCCCCGACAAGAACUUCACGCAGAAGCAGGUCACCAACGAGAUCACGCCGGUGCUGUCCUACUCCUACCUGGCCGUGCUGGUGCCCGUCUUCCUGCUGACGGACUACCUGCGCUACAAGCCAGUGCUAAUCCUGCAGAGCCUGAGCUACAUCUCCGUGUGGCUGCUGCUGCUGUUCGGCCACUCGGUGCUGCACAUGCAGUUCAUGGAGUUCUUCUUCAGCCUCACCAUGGCUGCGCGCAUCGCCUACUCCUCCUACAUCUUCUCGCUCGUGCACCCCGCCCAUUACCAGCGCAUGGCCGGCUACUCGAGGGCUGCAGUGCUGCUGGGAGUCUUCACCAGCUCCGUGCUGGGCCAGCUGCUUGUCACCGUGGGCAGAGUCUCCUUCACCAUGCUCAACUACCUCUCACUGGCCUUCCUCACCUUCACCCUGGUCCUCACGAUCUUGCUUAAGCGCCCCAAACGCAGCCUGUUUUUCAACCACAGCGAGCCUGCACCUGGCGGGGCCUCGCCCUCUGAGCUGGACCAGAUGCACCCGGGCGUGGACGGGCCUGCGGACAGAAAGCUGGGCGGGACGCGGCUAGCGGCCUGGUGGGACUGGACCCUCGUGCGCAUGUUCCGGGAGCUGGGGAACAGCCUGCAGCUGCCACAGCUGCGCCUCUGGUCCCUCUGGUGGAUCUUUAACUCAGCUGGCUACUACCUAAUUGUCUACUAUGUGCACAUCCUAUGGAAUGUUGUUCAGCCCACUACAGACAGCACCAAGGUCUACAACGGUGGGGUGGACGCUGCCUCUACUCUGCUAGGUGCCAUCACCUCCUUCGCAGCGGGCUAUGUGAAGAUCCGCUGGGCCCUGUGGGCAAAGCUGGUCAUCGGAGUUGUGACAGCAUUGCAGGCUGGGCUGGUCUUCCUCAUGUACCACACGAAGAGCAUCAGCCUGUGCUAUGUGGCCUUUGUGCUCUUCCGCGGCUCCUACCAGUUCCUGGUGCCUAUCGCCACUUUUCAGAUCGCGUCUUCUCUUUCCAAGGAGCUCUGUGCCCUGGUCUUCGGAGUCAACACGUUCCUCGCCACCGUUCUCAAGACCAUCAUCACCCUCAUCGUUUCUGACAAGCGGGGCCUGGGUCUCGAGGUCUGCUUACAGUUCCUCGUCUACUUUGUGUACUUCGUGCUGCUGUCCAUUGCCUACUUCUUCGCAGCUGCGCUGGGGAGCCUGUGGCACUCCCAGCGGGACCGCCACCAGCCCGAGCCCCUGGCCCAGGAGCUAAGUAGCCCCUUGAAGGAGAAGGACGUCCAGGCGUUGAACCUGCAGGAUGGGGCCCUCAGCAACCUGCAGCCCGAAGCCACGACCCUGGCCCCGGAGGACAGCACGUGGGCCAAAGGGCCAGUCUCGAGGGAACUGCCUGAGGCCAAGGCCUGACCUGGCGUGCUCCAUCUGCCCAGCCCAGUGCGUGGCCAGAUUCCUGACACCAGAGGACACCUGCUCUGCAUCUUCCAACAUUCUCACUGAGCCUGAGCCUUGACAUCUGAGAACUGUCACACCCCUGGCAGGCUGCCCAUCUUGGAACCAGGAAGAGGAGUUUCUGGCGUUGGUUGAAUUCCAUUGUUCAGACUAUGCAACCGGUGACCAAUGGGGCCCCUAUGGCACACACCUCAAGGGCUACUUACCUCAGCCAAAGGCGCCUUCGCUGGUCCUGCAGUGUCCCUGAGCCCUGUCUCUCGGGCUCCACAGCCUGACUGCUCUGUAGCCUGCUGGGGACACUACUGCCAGAUCACCAAGGACUGGGUUGUGUCCCCUGCCUACACAGGGCUGCCGGUAUGGUUCCGUGUGCGCACCAGGCCUCCCAUCUUCAUCCCCCUGGGAGGCAGGGUCCCGUGACUCGGUCCCAGAUGCCAGUCCAGGGGACACAAGCCCCUGUAGGAUGUUGUGGGCCCUGUAGGAUGUCAUGGGCCCUGUAGGGUGCGGGUGGUAGCCCAGAUUCUCAGGGCCCGUGGCUAGGCUGACAUUUCUAGAUGUCCAGGUGGUUGAAUGGUAAACAAUGCUGUGUUGUGUUUUUUUUAACUGACAUAAAUGAGAAACC